AUGGUCCCGCUCAGCCCCUGUUCUCCCCCAGAUGUUUUCCCACAGCAGAUGGAGGGGGUGAAGCUGAUCGUCAACAAGACCCUGAGCAGCCACUUCCAGGUGACGCACACAGUUCACAUGAGCACCCUCGGCCUCUCCAGCUACCACUUCAACGCCACCUUUGUGGGGGACCGACAGCUCAGCCCCACUGAGGCCUUCCCCACGCUGGUCGGGGACAUGGACAACAGCGGCAGCCUCAAUGCCCAAGUGCUGCACCUCGUGGCCGAGCGCAUCCGCACCAAAGCUGUCUUCCAGACGCACCAGGCCAAGUUUGUGACGUGGCAGUUCGACGGCGAGUACCGGGGGGAUGACUGCACCGCCACCCUCACACUGGGCAACCCCGACCUCCUCGGCGAGUCCGUGAUCCUGGUGGCCCAUUUCCUCCAGAGUGUCACCUCCCGCCUGGUCCUGGGCGGGGAGAUGGUUUAUCACCGGCGGCCCGGGGAGGAGGGAGCCAUCCUCACGCUGGCGGGCAAAUACACGGCUCUGAAGUGGGUGGCGACACUGAAUGUGGGGUACGGCGGCGCCCAUGCCAGCUACUACCACCGAGCCAACGAGCAGGUGCAGGUCGGGGUGGAGCUGGAGGCCAAUACGCGGCUGCAGGACACCACCUUCGCCUUUGGCUACCAGCUCAACCUGCCGCAGGCCAACAUGGUCUUCAGAGGGCUCUUGGACAGUAACUGGAGCGUCGGAGGGGUGCUGGAGAAGAAGCUGCCCCCCCUGCCUGUCACCCUGGCUCUGGGCGCCUUCCUCAACCACUGGAAGAACCGUUUCCACUGCGGCUUCAGCGUCAUCGUGGGCUGA